GUCAUCGCCUCCUUCGUUUCGAAAUCCUAAAUUCGAUAAAUCUCUCUCCCUCUCUCUCGCUCUUAGGGUUGUAUCCAUGAAAGAGGUCAAAGAAGAGACGGCGAUGGAGGAGAACCAACGAGUCAUGGAGAAGACGAUCCCCGUCUUCACUGUGCUUAAAAACGGCGCGAUUCUCAAAAACAUAUUCGUCGUCAACAACAGUCCCGAUUCCUUUCCGCCGGAGGUAGAGAAGGAGGAGAUUCUCCUCGUCGGUCGGCAUCCAGAUUGCGAUAUUCUCCUAACGCAUCCAAGCAUCAGCAGAUUCCACUUGCAGAUCCGCUCUCUCCCCUCUCGCCAGCAACUCUUCGUCACCGAUCUCUCCUCUGUUCAUGGGACGUGGGUUAGGGAUCAGAAAGUUGAGGCAGAUGCUUGUGUUGAGGUGAAGGAAGGUGAUGUUAUUAGGAUUGGUGGUUCAACUAGGAUCUAUAAGCUGCAUUGGAUUCCACUGAGCCGUGCCUAUGAUACCGACAAUCCAUUUGUUUCACCAUCUAUACCGAUGGAACAAGAUGAAGAGAAUAGAAUACUUGAAGCAGAAGAAAAUAUAGUGGUUAAACAUCAGUCACUAGCGGAUACUGCUGCGUCAGGUGAUGAUGGAGAUGGACAUUUGAAUGUGACGUCUGAAGGAAGUGGUUCAUCAGUCCCUAGUGAGGAUGAGGAUACAUAUAAUACAACAAGGGAGGUUUUGUUGCAAGUUGCACCUUCAAGUGUUUCGUCACUACCUAGAGAUUCUGUUUAUACAGAAGAGAUUCAAUCCAAUGAAGAUUUGCAGACUUCAUCAAAGUGGGAGUUGGAUGUUGAAGAAGCUGCAGCUGAAAUGCCAGUUAGCAGCUGCGGUUCAAGGAAGCAACAGAGUGAUAGCUACCAGGAGGCCUUGGCUUGUUCUGAACCUGAAGCUCCUGCAGGGGAUGAUGAAUGGGAUGUCAGAGGAGACGGUGGUCUGCUUCUGGAUGUGAUGUCAGAGAUGAUAGAGUCAUCAGUCCCUGAUGGGGAGGAGGAUCCAUAUCUAGAUCUAAAGGAGACUUCAUCGCUUCCACUCCCACAAGAUUCCACUGAGACAGAAGUUCUACAGCUCACGGAUGUUGUCCAGGCUUCACCAGAGUUGACUGUAAAUAUUAUAGAAGCCAACACAGAAAACUCAAGUAGCUGCAUCUUUGAAGACUCAGGUUGUGCUUAUUUUGAAUUGGCUACAGAGGCUGACACUUUGAGCCUUUGUCAAGAAGUCUGUGGUGAAAAUGAGUGUGACGCCAAGCAAGUGAUGGAAGUAUAUGCUGAACCAAUAACUGAGGCUGAAAAUCAGAUUCACGUAGACAAUGGAGUUACUGAGGUCUCUAGGCCAGUUAUUGAAGUAUUUUCCUCUCCUCAAAAUAAGCCAAAGUUAAUAGCAGAUGCCCGAGGCCACCUAGACUCUGAAGUAGCUUUGGAGACUAAUAGUCAGAACCUACAUAAAGAAAGCAACAGAGAGACAAGGAUCAGUUCAAGCGAAGUCAGUAUAGUAUCUAAUUGUUUGUGCGCUGGCAAGACAGAAGAUAUCCAAGGUCUUUGGUCGAGUUGGCAGUUACUUCCCGAGAGUGAACUCGGGGAUCCAUCUGAGAUCUUGAGUGAAGUGAACCUUGCAGGAGAUGAGAACAAAAUAUCAGCAAUGAGCAGAGAGACUGAAGAAUCCAAAACAGAAAUGUCAUUUGGAUCUGGGAAAUCUUGCAGCCUAAGUGAAACAGAGGGAGAAGGAAAUACUGAUAAGGAUGAUACAAAACCGACUGAAAAACUGCCUUCUGAUUGUACUGGAAGUCAAGAAAACCAGAGCCCCCAAAAACCAGCUGAUAGAUAUGAAGUACUGUCUGAGAUGGAUAGCUCAAGAAGCUCCUCGAGAACAUUGAGUACAAGCAAUAUUUGGUCUAGGAGGGGGAAAGCUGCUUCUGUUCUUCAGGUCCGGACCAACAAGAGUGAAGGAAAGCAAAAACAGAUUGGGAAACCAAAAGCCCAGUUGCAGAGGAAACAGGCUCUAAGUGAUAAGCCUAUUCAUCUGGAACUAGAACAAGAGGUCUUUACUCCUGACAAGGAGAAUCUGACCCUAAGCAAGAGCUCUUCAAAGGUUUCUGGCAAACCAAGCUCGUCCAAGAUUCCUUCCAGUAUUAUUGUUGCUUCAGCGGCAUUCACAGAACCAGAAAUCUUUACCCCAGAUAAGGAGAAUCUUACUCCAAACUCUCAUAUGCUAAAACGCUUGCAAGAAGUUGGUGAUAUUAAGGAUACUAAAGGUUCCUCCUCUAAGGCAAUGCGUAAACCAUUCUUUGAUGUUCAUGUGGAAGAAAACGUGAAACAAGAUGUUCACUGCAUGAGCAGCAGCUCAAAGGUAGCGCAUGAGCCAGUGGCACCAAAGAAGAAAGCUGAACGAACACCUUUUCAACCGCUGCUUGACAAAACUUCGUCCCAGAAGCAAUCAUACACCGACUCUUUUUCUACUGCAGCAGCACGAAACAACAUUUCUGGGGGCGUUCGUUCGUCUUCUAACCUUUCUGAUGGUAAGAACAAGAUGAAAUGGAUCAUUGUGUUGGACACUUCUUCCCUCCUCAACAAGGAAUCUAGGAAGGGAUUGAACCUACUACAAGGUCUCAAGGGGACACACAUGGUGGUACCAAGAACAGUGUUAAGGGAACUAAAUGAGAAGAAACGAGCUCGCUGUCUUCUGUUUGGAAGAACGGCAGAGAUGGCUUCCUCAGCUCUGGACUGGAUCGAAGAAUGUAAAGUUAAUACCAAAUGGUGGAUUCAACUCCAAAGCCCAUCAGAGGAAACUAAAGCUACUGCACCAACACCACCAGUCACUCCUCAGUCAAAGGGAUCUGCAUUUCCGUUUUCACUUGACUGGAAUAGUUAUGCACCGGUGAUCGAUUCUCCGACAUCAGAAGAUCAAGUUCUCGAAUGUGCACUUCUUUACAGAAACCGUAACAUAGAUGAAAAAGUCAUUCUUCUUAGCCACGAUGUAACUCUCAAGAUCAAAGCCAUGGCAGAGGGUGUAAUUUGCGAGACGGCAAAUGAGUUCUACGAGAGUCUGAAGAAUCCGUUUUCGGAGAGGUUUAUGUGGCCAGAGAGUGUGCCGAGAGGAAGGACUUGGAGUCAAGCAGACGACACCGUGUUGGGAGAAGGGUACGACAACAGAAAGCUAACGUUCAAGGGAGGAAGAAGAGGAGAGAGUGGUGCAACAGCAGCAAAAGGCUUGAAGCUCAUACUGCUCCAUAACUCUCACUAUGGUCACAUUCGUUGAUGCAUAUCUUUUUUGCGUUAGCAAAUUUCAUGUAAGCCAAACCAAUUCGACUCUGCUUACAUAUGGGAUAAUCUCUUCUUAGAGUAAUGACAUUUUCAUAUCAUCAUGACUUUUCCUUGUUGUGGAACUACAUUGGUCUUGGUCUUCCAGCUAUUGGAUUAAUC